AUGUCUCUGCCUGGAGACGCCUCCAACUUUAUAGGAGCAGCCUGCUCGGCGCUGGGAGGUGAGAAAGGACACGGGAGGGUUGCGGGUCUGCUGAGCCCAGCCCGCGCCGCCCGCGGGAGCGGGGCACGGGGGUGGCGUCCCACGGUGGCACUGACGUCCUGCCCGCCACAGGGAGAGGAGAUAAACCACCAGUUCCCGGAUGAGCUGUACGAGCUGCCGACGGAGGAGGCCCCACAGGAGACGAACCUGUCCAAUUCCCAAAGCGGCACUUCCAGCCAGGAGCAGGUGACAAACCUGGGGUCCCAGGAGAACGUGGCUGAGACUCAGCAGUUCCUGGCCCUGCCGCCGCAGCGCAGGCGGACUGCCAGUGAGCUCCUCAAGAGCAGGAGGUUGUGCGUCUACGAGCUGGAGGCGUCGGAGCGCUUCUACCAAUCCCACAACCGGUUCCUGAAGCUGCUGCUGGCCGGGUACCGCUGCGUGACCGCCCACUCCGAGCUCUUCUGUUACUUUGUCAUCAUCCUCAACAACAUGGUCACCGGCUCCAUCAUCUCCCUCUUCCUGCCCGUCCUCAUCUUCCUCUGGGCCAUGCUUUCCAUCCCCCGGCCCACCAAGCGCUUCUGGAUGACUGCCAUUGUCUUCACCGAGGUGAUAGUGGUGGUGAAAUACCUCUUCCAGUUUGGGUUCUUCCCCUGGAAUGGCUACAUCACGCUGCUGCGCUACGAGGGCAAGCCCUUCUUCCCACCUCGCAUCGUGGGCUUGGAGAAGUCCACCCAUUACAUCAAGUAUGACCUCCUGCAGCUCCUGGCCCUCUUCUUCCAUCGUUCCCGGCUGCUGUCUUUUGGGCUGUGGGACCAGGAGAGGACAACAGAGGAGUAUCAGGAGACCAAGGAAGGGGAGGAGAAGCCGGAGGAAGCUGUGUCCACACCGCUGGUGGUGGCUGUGGAAGGGCCGGAGGCUCCAGCCCAGCCGGGAGCACUGGGAGCAGUCACGGGGCCGGAGCCGGAGCUGGGGCUGGAGGGUGAGUCCAUGGAGCAGGAGGAGGGAACCAGGGCCACACAGCUCCGCUUCAGGAGGAGGAGGAGGAGGAGGACGAUGGAGACAGUUCCAGGGGAAGGGGGUGAGGAGGAGGAAGAGGAAGAGGAGGAGGAAACAUCAGAAGAGAACCAUGCUCAAAGGAAGCUGAAGGCGUUCGGCUUGCGAGUCAAGGGCUUCUUCCUCACCAUGGCACAGAACGUGUACCAGCCAGUGUGGAAGUUCUUCCAGGACAUCCUGGACACGCAGAACCACGCGGCCACCGACGUCUACGCCUACAUGUUCCUGGCUGAUGUGGUCGACUUCAUCAUCAUCAUCUUUGGCUUCUGGGCCUUUGGGAAAUACUCGGCGGCCGCUGACAUCACCUCCUCGCUGUCGGAAAACCAAGUGCCGGAGGCUUUCCUGGUCAUGGUGCUCUUCCAGUUCACCACCAUGGUCAUCGACCGCGCGCUCUACCUCCGCAAGACCGUGCUGGGCAAGCUCAUCUUCCAGGUCACCCUGGUCUUCGGCAUCCACGUCUGGAUGUUCUUCAUCCUGCCGGCCGUCACCCAAAGGUUGUUCCGCCACAACACGGUGGCCCAGCUGUGGUACUUUGUGAAAUGCAUCUACUUUGGUCUGUCGGCCUACCAGAUCCGCUGUGGCUACCCCACCCGCAUCCUGGGCAACUUCCUCACCAAGAAAUACAACCACCUCAACCUCUUCCUCUUCCAGGGGUUCCGCCUCGUGCCCUUCCUGGUGGAGCUGCGGGCCAUCAUGGACUGGGUGUGGACAGACACCACGCUGUCCCUCUCCAACUGGAUGUGUGUGGAGGACAUCUACGCCAACAUCUUCAUCAUCAAGUGCAGCCGGGAGACCGAGAAGAAAUACCCCCAGCCCAAGGGGCAGAAGAAGAAGAAGGUGGUGAAGUACGGCAUGGGCGGCCUCAUCAUCCUCUUCCUUGUGGGCAUCAUCUGGUUCCCGCUGCUCUUCAUGUCCCUGGUGCGCUCCGUGGUGGGCGUCAUCAACCACCCCAUCGAUGUCACCGUCAACCUCAAGCUGGGGGGGUACGAGCCUCUGUUCAGCACGAGCUCCCAGCAGCAAUACAUCCAGCCCUUCACCUCCCAGGACUACGAGGACCUCACCAAAGAGUUCGAGAACGAGCCGCUGGCCAUGCAGUUCAUCUCCCUUUAUGGCGAGGAGGACAUCGUGACCGCCCGCAUCGAGGGCAGCUCGGGCUCGCUGUGGGGCAUCAGCCCCCCCAGCCGCAAGCAGAUGUGGGAGGAGCUGAAGAACGGCUCCUCUGCCAUCACCCUGCACCUCACCUGGAGCUUCCAGAGGGACCUGAGCAAGGGGGGCACUGUGGAGAACGCCUACGGCAAGCACAUCACCUACCUGGAGCCCGGUGCGCGCCAGCGCCUGGAGCUGGCCCAGCUGCUGGAUGGCACCAGGGAUCGCCCCGUGGAAUUGCCCAACCUCUUCCCCAAAUACAUCCGGGCACCCACAGGGCUCGAAGCCGAACCUGUCGAGCAGCUGCUGCCAGAUGACGUGGAGAGCUACCUGGACGUGGAGGUGCAGCUGAAGCAGGAGCGCAGGGGCUCUGGCCUUGGUGAGCACUUUGUGGAGUGGUGGGUGCUGAGGCUGAAGGACGCCCCACCCCAAGAGGGCAACAUCCUCCCCAUGAUCAUCUUCAACGACAAAGUCAGCCCCCCCAGCCUGGGCUUCCUGGCUGGCUACGGGAUCAUGGGCCUCUACGUGUCCAUCGUGCUGGUGAUCGGCAAGUUCGUGCGGGGCUUCUUCAGCGAGAUCUCCCACUCCAUCAUGUUCGAGGAGCUGCCCUGCGUGGAUCGCAUCCUGAAGCUGUGCCAGGACAUCUUCCUGGUGCGGGAGACGGGUGAGCUGGAGCUGGAGGAGGAGCUCUACGCCAAGCUCAUCUUCCUCUACCGCUCGCCCGAGACCAUGAUCAAGUGGACACGGGAGAAGAACUAAGGGGAAGGGGCUCCAGCCCCCCCAAAACAGGGACAUCACCGCCAAUGCCUUAACCAGCCCCCCCAGCUGGGGCCGCAUCCCGGCCCGGGAGGCAGUGGGAUGUGGGGUUCUGGGCGCUCCCUUGGAGGGAGGAUGUUUUUCUGGAUGUUUUUCUUACGUUGCUUUGAAGCCGUCCAACCUGCACAGACCACGUUGUGCCUUCCCCGGGGACGGGGACAGGAGCUGGCACCCCCCACCCACUGGGCACCCCUGGCUGCCAGCUGGGGAUGGGGAGGGGUCAAGAGCCAGCCCGUGCCCCCUCCCUGCUGGCCCCAGCCCUGCUCCAGAACCAGGUUGAACUCAAGCAAUAGUCCCCCUGCCCCCAGCUCCAGGAUGGGGGUCCUGGGUUGUGGCCCCCCACAUUUGAGGGGGUCUGGCAGCCCCAGUUGGACUUUAGACAUUUGUGACUUUGGUUUGUUUUUUUUAUUAUUAAUUCAAAUGGUUUAUUUAUACAGAUAGCGAAUAAAACAAACUUGAGUCCUC